AUGUUCUUUGUGUGUGUUUGUGUAGGGGACUUCUCCUAUGAGAAGGGCAGCUCUGGAUGGACAGACAGCAGCAUUGGAAGCCAGCAGUGGGUGCUGAAUGACACCCCCAAAGACAAGUACCUGUUUUUAGCUAAAGCCCCAGGGCAGCAGUUGACUGAGGCACAGACACGCACCCCUCUCCUGGGCCCCUCGGGGCCAGCCUGCACCCUCAACUUCUCCUACUCCUUGACCAGCAAGAGCAAUCACACCGGUGAGGUGUCCAUCCGGGUGAUUGACAGUCUGUUGGGCAGUCUGCCCAGGCUUUGGGAGUUCAGUGGGAAAACAGGAUCUGUAGAGGGGGUGUACCAGCAGGCGCAGGUGUACAUCGGAGCCAGGGAUCACCGCUUCCAGAUGGAAUUUGUGGCUCGUGCUAGGAAGUUGUGCCCAUGUGCCAGAAUAUCUGUGAAGGAUGUUCGUUUCAUCAACUGUCACGCUCAGUAUUUCCCAUCCUCUCCCACAGCUCUGUCAUGUAACUUUGAAGAGGGACUGUGUGGCUGGUACCAGGAUCAAACGGACAACUUUGACUGGAGCCUGCUCACAGGGAUGGACCAUUCCAUUGGCGUCGGUAAAAGCCUUGCUGUAGACGUAUGGAGCCCCUUAUUACGGGGUGUGUCUGGCCGUCUGUUAUCGUACCGUCAGCCAGGCACCUCCGGACAUCACUGCCUGUCCUUCUAUUAUAAGCUCUAUGGGCCUGAGACAGGUGCACUCAGUGUUAAGAUGCGUGAUGCCUACGGCGGUGAGAGUCUGCUAUGGAGCCGCACCGGUGCCCAUGGCAACUUCUGGCAUGAGGGACACUGUCCAGUAUCUGAGCAGCUAACUAGCUUCCAGCUGAUAUUUGAAGCAGUGCGCUCCGGCUUUGACGGGCGGGUUGCACUAGAUGACGUGACAUUUGUGAACCGCCCAUGCACCGUGCCCAAUAAGUGCUCCUUUGAAGGCCAGCAAUGCGGCUACACCACCACUGGCACUGCCCGCUGGCUCCACACUAACUGGCAGUCCUCCAACACUGGGCCAAAAACAGACCACACACUGGAGACAGUGAUGGGGUACUACAUGAUGGCAGACAGUGAUGUGGAGAUCCUACCACAGGGCAGUGUGGCCACCCUUACAUCCCCUGUGCGAGUAGGCGUGGUACAAACAGAGUGUGUUCACUUCUGGUACCACAUGGGGGGAGAGAAUCCUGGUUUGCUGACUGUGUACAUGAAGCCAGUGAAAGGAGAUAGGGUGAAGAUCUUCUCCAACAACCUGGACCAGGGUGAUGUCUGGCGCCAUGGCAACGGCAACAUCAGCAGCACCAUCACAGACUGGCAGUUGGAGUUUGAGGUGCAGGGAGCGGGUGGGAAAGGCACUCAUGUCUCAGUUGAUGACAUAAUUUUCUCAAAUCAUCCUUGUCAAACACUUGGUACUAAGUGUGACCUGGAGAUAGGUAUGUGUGACUGGACCAACACUCAGAACCCUGAGCUAGACCAGUUGGACUGGGAGCUGACCAGUGCUGAGGCAGAGACCCACUACCCCACCCCAUCCCAUGACCACACCCUUGGGACAGAGAGAGGUCACUUCCUGUUCCUCCCCAGUAGCACCAGGGACACAGCCAAAUACAAGGCCUGGUUGCUGAGUCCUCAUCUGCCCUCCACCAAGGGCACCUGCCUGCGUUUCUGGGUGUACAAACCAGUCUCCCAUGGUAGUCAUCUGAAGGUGUGGAGGCAGUCUGAAGGCAACCUGAAACAAAUGUUGAGUGUGGAAGAGGUGGGAGCAGUUUGGUCACGCUUCAAUGUUGACAUCACUUCUACUAAUGAGUAUCAGAUUAUAUUUGAGGGUUUCAAAGGAUACACUGGAGUCUUGGCCCUGGAUGACAUUGACUAUGACAUAGGAUUCAACUGUGCCGGUGAAGCAAAAGACCCACUAACAACCACACCAGAACCAGACAACACAGGAGGUAUUGCAGCUUCCAUCAUCGUGGUACUGCUGCUGCUGGCCACUCUGGGAGUGUUGCUGUACUACUACCUGCGCAACCAGGACAAAACAAAGGCAAUGACUGGCGGAGCUGUGGAACGAUCAGCUUCGCCUUCCGCUAUCGAAGGCAUUGCCAACGACAUGUAUGACCCACACCUCACACAGGACCGAAUGACCGUGUCUCCAGUUCCGGCACAACCAAUGGCGGGGGACUUCACUAAUGAAGUAUGCUUCUCUGAUUCCACAGAAUUAGUGAGGAAGGAGAUGGUGUAGAAGGGGAGACUCUGCUGCCUGGUGGUGGCUUUGUGAAAUGAAGGCGAUAUCACAGCAGAAGAACUGCUUGUGUCGUCUUUCACCUGACACACACACACACACACACACACACACA